GCUGAUAUUCUUUGGGGCUUGUAAAUCUGUGGCAAAUUAUAAAAAUUACAAAAGAUCCUUUUUUAUAUAUACAAUAUACUUUCAUGUAUCUUAUGUAGUUGUGUGUUUAAUUAAAGUGCACCUAUAGUAAAUAUUGAAUCUGCUUGUGUUGUAGCCCGCAGUCCAUUGUUUUGGUUGUAGUAACACUUAGUAUAAUCCAUGAGUUUAAGGGGUUUGCAAUUUUUUAUGUCGUAAAUGUGGAGAUGUCUUCGGCUAUUCUCUUCUUUUUCCUUGUCUAGAUAUAGAUCCCUAAUGAGAAUUUGAAUUGUGAAUUAAGACUUUACCAUCUAAUGAGAAAAGAUAAAACUUAAUAGAUAAAGUUAUACUUCGUGAACCUGGAUCAGACUUUUUUCAAAAGUGAUACAUCAAUUUGUCAGCUUCGUGUCAUGCGUAUUUUGUAACUAGUGGAUCACCCCUACUAGAUCAUGUGCAUAUGGAGGUUGGCAUCUUGUCAAGCAAUGUUUUUAAAGUUUAAAAACUACACUGCAAUUUAAAAUGUGUCACUCUGUAUAGGUCUUUUUAUUUCUGAUUCGCAAAUUUGUUGAUUUUAAAAUAAAUAUGCAGAAGGUAAUGCUGUGAAGCUACAAUGCAUAAGGAAAGAUAUAAUUAAUACCUUAUACUUAUUGUACAGUUUAUAUGGACACAAGAAAAGAAUAUUUUUUUUUGCCUUGGCUCUUUGAACUUGCAUCUAACUUUAGUCGCUCGUUUGAGUUUGCUAUAUGCUUAAUCUUCACAGUUGGCACAAUAUUUACCGUAUCCAGAAAAUGUACUUUUUCCCCUCAUAAGAUGUCAUAUGAGGUAUUAGAAAUAUAUACGAUUGUACAUCAUAGACAAACAAUCUUUCUUCUCUCUUUACUUUGUUUAUUUUUCACAUAAACAAGAAAAGAAUCUGGGUAACAUUCUCAGAUGGUUGUCUCCCAUAAUGUCUUUCUCCCACCAAUAUAAAUCUUGGAUGUUGGUCUUUUUAGUUCAUGCUCAUAUGCUCAUAGUUGCAACAAUAUAUUAAACAGUUCAGCUUUCUAAUUGAUCAUAAUUGUGCGACGAUCCAGCCACUGAUAUAUUAUCUGCUUCUGGUGAUAAGUUAAAGUUCUUGAAUUAAAAAACUGAAAAGGCAGCAAAUGGCGAUGGAGUACAUUAAACGAUUUCUUCAACUACUUAAAUGCAUAUGGAAACAAAGAGGCAUUGGUUUCAGAAGAAUAGGAAAUAGUGCAGAGCUUAAUGCAGUAAAUGAACAUCCAAUGAAGGCUUUUGGAUGGGCAAGCAGAGAACAAUCUGGGACACUUUCUCCAUUCAAGUUCUCCAGAAGGGCUACUGGCAUUAAAGAUGUGACUUUCAAGGUGUUGUUUUGCGGAAUCUGUCAUACAGAUCUUCAUAUGGUUAAAAAUGAGUGGGGAUCAUCUAAAUAUCCUCUUGUUCCAGGCCAUGAGAUUGUGGGUAUAGUAACAAAAGUUGGUAAAAAGGUUCAGAAAUGCAAAGUUGGGGACAAAGUAGGUGUUGGAUGUAUGGUUGGAUCAUGCCGUACAUGUGCUGAUUGUAAGAACAAUCUUGAGAAUUACUGCCCUAAAAUGAUUCUCACUUAUGGUUCAACUUAUUUGGAUGGAUCCACCACUUAUGGAGGUUACUCUGAUACUAUGGUUGUCGACGAGCACUUUGUAAUUCGCUGGCCUGAAAAUUUGCCUCUUGAUUGUGGUGCUCCUCUUCUAUGUGCGGGUAUCACAACUUACAGCCCCCUGAAACAUUUUGGACUCAAUAAGCCUGGAAUGCAUAUUGGUGUUGUUGGUUUAGGUGGUUUAGGCCAUGUAGCUGUGAAAUUUGCAAAGGCUUUUGGCGCUAAAGUGACAGUGAUCAGUACCUCCCCUAGCAAACAGAAAGAAGCCAUUGAGAAUCUGGGUGCUGAUUCAUUUUUAGUUAGUCGUGAUACAGAAGAGAUGAAGGCCGCAAAGGGGACAAUGGAUGGGAUUCUUGAUACUGUUUCUGCUGUACAUCCAUUGUUGCCAUUGCUUGAGCUGUUGAAAAGUCAUGGGAAGCUUAUAUUAGUUGGUGUACCUGCCACACCUCUUGAGUUACCAGCAUAUCCUCUGAUUUCAGGAAGGAAGAUAGUGGCUGGAAGCAGUAUUGGAGGCUUGAAAGAGACGCAGGAAAUGAUUGACUUUGCAGCAAAGCACAAGAUAACCGCGAAAGUUGAGGUCAUUCCUAUGGAUUAUGUAAACACAGCAAUGGAGCGGCUGGCAAAAGGCGACGUUAACUAUCGUUUUGUAAUUGAUGUCGGGAACACUUUGAAAGCAAACAGUCCACCUGAUAUUAUCGUUAAUCGGGCUCCAAGUGAUCCUAUGUAGUCUUAUAAAUAUUCCACUUCUGAUGGUCUGCUAUUCAUGUCUACAUUGUAAUAAAUUGAACUAUUAUAGCAAGUACAUCAAUAAAUUUAUUAAGCCACACUACUUCAUGGUUUACUACA